AUGACUACGGCUACGAGUUUACCCAGAGUUCCCGAGGGUCUGCGGGACCUAAUGAAGGUGUAUACCAAGGAGGUGUUACGUGAAAAACCGGCUGACUUGUAUGGAUUUUCUGCCAAUUUUUUCAACGUGAUUGUUGGCGAAAAAUCACAGAAAGCGGUGCGAAAAUACGAACCGGUGCAAACUUAUGAAACCAUCAUGAAAAACCGCAUUCGUCAGCAGGUUCCCUUGUCCCUCGUGUUCAAUAUAAUCCCCGAAAAGCUGACUGAUCUAAUAAAGCAAUUCAUAAAGGCAGUUCUAAGGGAAAAGCCUGAGAAUAUUUACAUAUUUGCACAGGAAUACUUUCAAAGAAUGUCCAAUGAAAAAUCGGGACGAAUUGAGUACACCAAGUAUUCGACUUAUGAAAAGUCAUUGAAGGACAAGGAAAACGUAACUCCUGGAUCGAAGGUAACCUGUGAAUGUGGAAGAAUACUGAGUGGAAAAACCAAGGAUGUGGAAAACAGAUAUACGGAUACCAAAUUAGCUGAGGCAGACCAGAGAACAUUUUCAAGCAGAAUAACUUAUUUGCAAUCGGUCGUUAUUAUUCAAAGACGAAUUCGCCAGUUUCUCAAGGAGCGCAAAAUAGGUCGCGAUAAGGAUAACUGCAAUAGCUUGGAAUAUGUGACAGCAAUUCUCUUGAUUCAAAGACAAGUUCGUCGCUUGUUGGCUAAGAAGCGAGUUGAAGAACUUAAAAAUGCACGUGACGUCCGAAAGCCGAAUGCUAAAUUUAACACUGGCGACUAUAUGAAAGCCGUUGUCGUCAUUCAGCGACAUUAUCGCAUAUAUUUGAGAAAGAAGCAGGAGCAAAAUCGAUUGAAAAACGGCCCAGUAUCCUUAGUAACAGCCGCCAUCAUAAUCCAGAGGGCCUUCAGAAGGAUGGUGGCCUUACAAAGGGCCAAAAGGAAUACUUCUUCGGCCACCGAUCAGGCCGAGGAACUCAAUGACAAUGCCUCCGAGACCGGGUCCUACACAUCCGUCUCCACCGCACUGCUUUCCACAGAAUCUACCGAGCUGGGGAUGGCCGCUUACGAGGAAAGAGUCCAUCAAAAAAUAAUCCACGAGGACGAGGAAGUGGAGAACAAUAAUGUUGAUGCCGGCCUUGAGAAGGAGUUUUUGGCAGAGCCCAUUAAGGGCCAAGAAAAAUCAAUACAUCUGCGAAAAAAAAUUCUUAGCGGUGCUUUAAUCGAAACUAUGAUUCGCAAACCUAGCUUGGAAAAUCUUAAGGAUUUCCAUAGUGAAUCAAAAGAUUUCGAAGCGGAUUUGGAAAUUAAAGCCGACAAAAAUGAAAUUAGUCAAGAUCUAGAACCUGAAAUUAAAAAUAUUAAAGAAAGACCAGAUCUAGAAUCGAUACCUCAAGCAGAACUGAAAGCUGAAAAGAAAAGUGAAGAGCUCGAUUCGGAAUCUACAACUAAACAGGACAGCUUGGAUGCUGAAUCGGAAGGCCAAGAUGAGAUUAAAAUAGAAUCCGACACAAAAAAUCUAGAAAUCAAAAAUGAGAGUGAAAUUGUUACAGAAAACUUGAGCAAAGAUGUCAUAGAUCAAGAAACCGGCGAAUUUAUAGAGAGUGAGUUACCUAACAACAUUGAGAAAAAAGAAAGUGAUGACGGAAAAAACAAUGAUAAGAAAAAGGAUACGGAUACUCCUGAUGAUGGGCAUAAUGAGGAAAAUGAAGCACCCGUUAUUGUGUCCAAUGAAAUAAUUCCAUCCCCCAAGGUUUUGAAAUUCGAAAGCCAAGAAACUCCAAUGAAAAAUGAAGUUACUCCCACGGUUUCGAUUGAAAUAAAGCACGUAGACGAUAUUUCAGAAGAUUCCCCUCCAAAUUUUCAAGGUUCUAAUGUUGAUUCAGCUAAGGAUUCAAGUGAAGGCGACUCAAAGGAACAAGAGUCUACAAAUUUAACCAAUGUGGAAAUAGACAGCUUAACAACGGUUUUAGUCAAUCAUAAUCGAGAAACUCGGCAAGAGUCUCCUAUGGAAACAUCAGACGAUACAAUUUUGGAAACAUCUGCUGAUGCUGUAACCGCAAUUGAAGAAAAUAAGUCUACAAUUGAAGAUGAAAUUAAUCCGAAGCCUAGAGAAAAAAGAAGCAUUGAAGACGAUAAGUUGGUUAAUUCAAAUUUGGAAACCACCAACCAGACAAUUAUAAAAGAAGAUAUCAUUCCCAUAGUCAAGUCAGAAAUAAAACCUAUUAAUCAAGAGGAUAUUCAGAUAAGCAAUGACCACGAAUUGAAAGAUAAAAUAAUUUCAAGCAGCGCAGAAAAGAAUAAUGUACAAGAACCAUUGGAAGCAGUUGCUGAGCCAUCAGUUCAAGAAAUCACUGCGGAUUCCCAAAUUGAAGAUACCAUUACUGAGAAUAAGGGAGAUUCUGAAGAAAGCAAAGAUGUUGUGAAAUCUAAUAGUCAACCUGAGGAUGAACCUGAUAUUACAAGUGGUGCAGAUGCAUCUGACUUAUCAAAAAAUGAGAGAAAAGAGGUAUCAGCUGAUGACUUGAAACUAACUGAAACGGACGUUAAACUGCAUCCCGAAACUAAUCGUUUGAAAGAAAAUCUUGAAAGCAGCACAGAUGAACCGAACCAUGCAGUUGAAGAAGUCCCAACUGAGGAUGCAUCAGAAGAAACACAAAAUAUACAGAAACUGUCAGAACAGGAAACCAUACCAAUUGGAUCUGACAGUUUGGAAACUGAAGAAACGGUUCCAUCUGAAGGCAACAUUAAUAAAGAUAAAUCUGGAGAAUCCAAUGAUGAUUUCCAUAAUUUUGAUGUCUUCACCGAAGGAACGGAUCUAAAAGAAAAGGACAAUUUAUCAGGUUCUUCAAGAUCCAAAGAAUGUACUGGUGAGGUUGCUACUAGUGAUAUAAAUGACAGCAUGGGAGAGAGUAUAUUAAUAGCAAGCACCUCACUAGAAGAUCCAUCCGUGGAACACGAACUUGAAAGUCCCAAGAAAGUUGUUUCUGAAGGAUAUGAUUCCCUUAAAAAUAUCAUGGAUGACAUAAGUUCCAGUGCUAGAGAGCUCCAACAAAUUAUAAAAACUAGUAUGGAAGGCUCUAUCAUUGAUAGUAAUGUACCAAAUGAGAGAUCAGAAAGUUCACAAGCUGAAGACCAAGACCAAGACCAAGAAACUUUACUAAUCAACUCUGAUUCAAAGCAAGUUGAAAUUAAUAAAUUAGAGGACGAUCCUGAUGUAUUAAGUAAAAUAAAAUCGGAAGAAUCAAUCACACCAACUGAGGACCAACAAUCCGGUAAAGAAACUUUAACAAUCAACUCCGAAACAAUGAAAGAUGAAAGUCCUAAAUUAGAGAAAGAUCCUGUCCAACUAGUUAAAAUAUUGACUGAAGGAUCAAAAAGUUCACAGGCUGAAGACCAACAAUCCGAUUAUGAAACUUUAACAGUCAACUCAGAGUCUAAGCCUGUUGAAGAUAGUAAUAUAGAAGGAUCGGAAACUUCCCAAAUUGAAACUGAACAAUCGGAUAAGGAAGAUAUACCAACUAAGUCGGAAUCUGUGCAAGCUGAAGACAGCAAAAUAAUAAAGGAUUUAACAGAAUCAAAUAGUAUUCAUUCUGAGGAUUCAGAAGAAUUAAAUACUAAGGACAUAAAACCAAAUUCUGUUGAUGAAAGGACUGAAAGCACAGAAAAAGUAUUGCCAACGUCACCAAAAAACAGCUCAUCUAGUGCAACAGGUGAUAGUCCUAAAAGUGAAGAAGAGGAUCUGGAAUAUACAACAAAGGGUAGUGGUAAAGAAAUCUCCGAAGGAGACGAACUCCUAAAUUCUGUUGAUCAAAGAACUGAAAGCACGGCUUUACCAGGUAAAAAUUCAUCGAGUACUAUUAAAGAUGGUCUGAAAAGUGGAGAUGAUGUUGAAUAUCCAACAACGGGUCAUGGUAAAGAAAUGUCCAUGGCAGACACCGCCAUUGCAGUUAUGGAAUUAUCUCCUGAGAACAAAACCGAAGCUAUAAAUGCCCAAGAAUCGGAGGGCACAGAAGCUGAAAAUAAUUCUGUCAACGAUUCUGCUGUAUCACCUGGUCUUGCAGCUGAUAAAGACAAACAAGAACCUGAUGUGGAGGAAGAUAUAAAGGACGAAGGACCGUCAGCUGUCCUGGGCAAAGGUGAUUCUUUAGAUCAUCUAACCAAAACUAGCGAAACCGAAACAUUACCUUUGGAAAAACAAGAAAGUUCUACAGAAAUGGAAAGCAAAUCUGCCGUAGUUGAGGAUAAAGACACUGCGGAAUCGAAAACCAAAAACGACUCACCUGUUCCCUCAAAUCCCGAAAAAAACUCUUCAUUGCUUGUAUCUAAUCAAUUAAUUGGCACCCAAAAUUUACCUACUAACCAUAUUGAGAUUGAAAAGAAACACCAAGAAGUUAUCUAA